UAAUAAUAAUAAAUAAAUAAAUCACCGACGUUGUGUCACCAUUAUAGGACACGUGCGGCUGUUGCUGUUAAAUAUAUAUAAAUGUGCAGGUCAUCGGGUUCCUCUUCCCCGGGCCGCCUUGUGGUUCUGCUUUCUCAUAGUUGCAGCCUGCAGCUGAGGAGGUGCUGCAGCUUACUCAUGGGAAAAUGAUAAACAACAGCACCAGCAACAGGGCGAGUGUGGCCGAGGCCACCCAUCCAGAUGCUCAGCCCAGUGGACCAGCCCCUCUGAACAUGAACCACUAUGCCAAUAAGAAGAGUGCAGCUGAGAGCAUGCUGGAUGUGGCUCUGCUGAUGGCCAAUGCCUCUCAAUUAAAGGCCAUGCUGGAUCAGGGACCAAACAUCUCCUUUUACACCCCCACUGUCACCCUAAUCAGCAUCUCUCUCUGUCUGCAGAUCACAGUUGGGGUCCUGCUUAUCUUCACAGGGUGGACAACAGUGCAAUGGAAUGUGAAUGAUGAGCAAAAACACUGGAGGCUAAACUUGAUGGAAAACUUGACCAUAAGCCUGGUUUUUAUCAUAGUGGUGGCCAAUGUCUUCAUCACAGCCUUUGGAGUUCACAGACCAAACCGUAUCAACUGACCUAGAACAUACACAGGGGGACCUAAGGACUGGCCUCAAAAUCAGCUGCAGCAGAUGAAGAACCCUUCCCAGAGCUCAGACCUCAACAUCAUUAAAGCAGUGUGGGAUCAUGUGCAGACAACAUCUAAAGAAAGGCUUUAAAAUGUCCUUCAAGAAGCCUGGAGAAUUAUUCCUCAAGACUACUCAGAAAUUACAAGAAAGCUUGUCUAACAGGGUUCAGAGUGUUUUGAAGAAAAAAGGUUGUCACAGCAAAUGAUGACUUUUAAGUUUCUUUUAACUUAUUUAUUUAUUUUUACUGUAUAUAGUAAAGUUCCAUUAUUUCUUGCACAUUUUGAUAAAUCGCUGCACAUAUUUUCAUUUUCUGGCCAUAUAUAACAAAAUAAGGGCUGGCUCUUGACCUUUGCAUACCACACAUAUAUUAUCUCUCUUCUUCUGCUCUUUUUUUUUUAUUCUGUUUAAAAACUUUUUUCUUUCUAUCUCAUAGUACAGUUUGCUCCUAAAGACCUUCAUGUAGUCAGCAUGUUUGUCCUCUUCUAACCUGGCCCUCAUAAUCCCCUACCUGACCCAAAAACACAAGGUGACCUCUCCAGGCUGUCACAGAAGUUUCUACCAGGGAAAAAAAAAAAAAUUCCAGCCACUGUUCAUUUACUAGAAAAUCAUUGUCCUGCUCUGCUGCAGGCCCAGUGAGAACACAGAGAACCUGAAAGAAAAAGCAGUGGUGGCAAACAGGUCUGGUGCAUUUGUUACUGGUGGACAAACAGGAAAGUGGAGACAACAGCAUCAGGCUCAUGUGACCUCACACUGUCUGUUUCCUCUGCUGUCCUACAGUGACCCCAAACACCGACCAGACAUGUACGCUCGGGCUCACACACAGAACUGAACAGAGGUUGAUUUUUUUAUUGUACUGAUGAUGCUUGAGCAGUGUGACAUGUCAUUUUCCACACGGCUCAGGUUUGAUAGGUCCUGACCCACCUCUGCUGAUAGAUCCGUCCAGCAGGCUUUGUGCCCAAAAUUUAAUUAUAACAAUGUUUGAUUUGCCAUGAAUGUCUCUGCAGUGAGCAAAGAUGGACUGUGUCUGUGGCUCCUUGCACUGGCAGUGUUUGGUGAGUCAGAGUCAACACAGCUCAGACCCCAACACAACUGCUUAUUAAAACAGAAGCCUUAAUUAGACUGUGUUUCAGCUAUGUCACCGAAACCACAAUUAGAGCCUAAGUUAGUGCUCGUUUUAUACACUUUAGUAUCUCCAAAAGAAGAUUAUAAAAGGUGUUUGAGCCUGUUUUAUAUCAUUUUCAUCUAAAUACCACAAAAAUAUUCAUGUGUGUAUGAAAAUAUUUCUGCAAUAUGACUGUGACAUAGCAGUUUUCAGAUGACAAAGCAACUUCUUCAUUUUUAGCCUUUUCCUCCUCCAUAACUAUCCCUGGUAACCGUGGAAACAAGUCAGAUUGAUGAUACAC